AAGGGACGAAAAAUUGUAAAAUUCAAAGAAAUAUGCUGUUUGUAAUCGGUGGUUAAAUAUUAAAAAAAUUCUUGAAAAAUAAUACAUUCCUCGCUAUACAGAACGAAUCAGUUUUCUCCGUGCAGGAUUUCGUUGACGCAAACGGAAAUGACUUCGAGUUUUGGGCUUAUCUACUUUCGUUGGUUGCUCACAAGGAUCGAGUUCCGCGGAGUGGAAACGGUGCAAGGAGCAGAAACUGCCGAGUUGAAUAAAGAAGAAGAGAAAAAUGGAAGGAGUUUCGAUAGAAUCGAGAAACAACGAUCGAGACUUACGAUGAAAAUGAGCUCUGCGAAGAGGAGGGAGGAGGAGAAAGAGAAGAAACUUCAUUUUCGAGGAAUGAAAUCGCCGAGAGCCUUUGGAAUGAAGAAAGAGAGAAAGGAAGAUUGGAAAGAGAGUCGGAGAGGGAAAGAGAGAAAGAGAGAGUGCUCGCCUCUCCGAUUAUGUAUGUAUGGAGGGACAGCAUCCAGCGAAUCUUACAGCUCAGUGAGGCUAGCACGAGCUCGCACGCUCGAUCUCUCUCUCUUUUGCUUUGACUCGCGGUCUUUAUCCCUUUCGCGGUCUCGGUAACGUUUCUUUCAGUUGUCGCUCGUCGCUCGAGCGUUACACGCACGUUUCCGUGGUAUCGCAUUGGAAAAAAACAACGCGGUCCGCUCAGUUAAAUCGAACAGCGAUUAGCCGAGCGCGUUGCGGCUUGGAAACUUUGCAAUCAAUUAGUCAAGGCGGAGAACAAUUCCGACUUACAGUCUGAGAGGUUCCAGACAAUUUUUCAUCCGUUUAACGAUCCGUCUGCGAUAAAAAUUCGACAAAUUCCAUUGGAGUGAUUGCCCUCGAGAUAAACAAACGUGAAAUGUUGUCCCAUGUAUUUCUCCCGGAAUAUCCUCGUCGAGACUAAGUUUUUGGGAAGUUCAAAAGUACGAAAACCUUGCAACCACCUGGCAGAGGAUUGGACCGCUCGUCCCAGAGAAAUUCGCUCCUCGGCUCCCUCGAUAUUCAUUCGUGACUUCAAAAUAACGUGACACGUUGCAGCUUAUCGUUAUACGUUAUGCAGACUCGUUAGGAAAAGUUAGUCGGUGCGAUUUUAAGGGAAUAAACUUUCGGAUAUACAGUCAUACCGAAGCGAAUGUUGGGCUCGUGCAAAUGUCAAGAUCUAAUGAUCGUUACGAGGGGCUUUUUCGAGUCCCAUUUCCAGUGAAAUAUCACUGACACACGGCGCGGAGCAGAAUGGUUUUUCGAUCUUCCUGGUAGCUCGUACUCUCGAAUACCUUGAUGGUAUUCCAAGGUCAUCGAGCUGAAAGAGUGGACCCCGAUACGGAAAGUCCUCGCGAGGCAGAGGACAUAAACGCUCGCUCUCGGCUAAAUAAUGGAGGUCGACAUUGACGCCUUACUCGUUCAGUGAGGAAGAGUCCUUUGAAUCUACGAAAAAAUAAGGAAAAACAAAGAAACGUAAAGCGACGUGCGCCAGUGCCAAAAUGGCUUUGUCUCGAAUGGCAAGGAACGUUCACUGAGCUCAAAUUCAUCGAAUAACCGGAAGAAAUACUGCAGCAGUGCCGACGAUAUAGAGAGAGAGAGAGAGAGAGAGCAGCGGACGUUCUCGAAAAAACUGAAAUUUCUAGUCCAACUGUUCGAGAAUGUCUCUGGCCAACUUCAGUUUUCCAUUUCAAUUGGCGGCUUCGUCCUCGUACGCUUUCCCCGGUGGCCAAACUCCCCAAUCGGCAAUCAGUAAUUUACGCUUGAAUGCGGUUUUGCCACCGACGCCCGCACCGGCGUUCAACGACGACAGAAGAUACGAGAACGAACCGUACAUCACCCCGGCCCAGUACCAGCAUCAGCAUCAACAGCAGCAACAACGCCAGAGAGAACAACAACUCCGAGCCCAAGAAUCGUACGCCGGACAUCGCCACCAUUAUCUCGGCAACUCCGGCUCCUCCGGCUCUACUAACCAGGACACCAGAUACGCCAAUUACAAUCAAGACUUUCGGAGGACUCGGCCGAGACAACAACAAGUGCCGCAACAGGCUACGAACCAACAGCAACAAAACAGACAUCACGUUUCUUCAGCGAGCAACGAACAACCCUCGUCGCGAUCACAAACUCGAGGGUCCAAUCAUCAGGAACAUCCACAUCCUCAACAAAACCCUCCAGCGAGUGUUCCGAGUGCCGAUGACUCCAGAAAUGUUGGGCAGGAUAAUUACCCUGAGAGACCCGACGACGGCUACACGAGAGUGAAUGGCGGUGCUUACGGUAGUGCAGACGCGAAAACCUCGAUCCACGCGAUUCUGGAUUACGACGAUGACGACGAGAGUAAUGUCGAGGAUUAUUACGAUGACGAGGCUGCGGAUAUGCCGAAAAAUACUCGUGUCACACCGAUACAGGGCCCGAUAUACGUAAAAAACGGUACCGUCCCGGUCGUACCUUUAUACUCGUAUCCGCAGCUGAACAAUGGUAGUUUCGUGCAAAUACCGAUUCUCUGGACCGCAUUAUCGGUCGCUUUGGGAGUCGAGUUGCGAGGCGAUCUUGUCAAGGGGACACCGUGCAUCAAGAGAUACCAUCAACUUUAUUGCCCAACCGCUGGCAAAACUUAUCCCACCGAUCGAAUAGAACAUUUUAUAGAUGAAAAUAAAGCUCUCAUGAAACGAAUGUACGGGGUGUUCGAGAUGGACGAGGAUUUUGGUCCUCCGAGUCACCAGCCUGGCAGGAGAAGACGGAGGAACGCGAAGUUCGGCGAACCGGAUGGUGGCCCGAGCUUACGCUACGCCAACGACGAUCCUGUCAUCGAAGGUGGCGAUUCGAUUUUCAGCAAAGCUCGAAAGACGCGACAAACCAGUGUGAAUGCUGGUGGAAACGAGAGUGGACGCAUCGACGCUUGUGAAUCCAAAGCUGAAAUCGUCACUCCCUAUUGGGCGAAAAACAGCGCUGCUAAAACUCGAGCUAUUGUCAAUACCCAACAUUUCGAACAGGCGAUCCACCAGGAAAUGUGCACAAAAACACACACGAAUCGUUGCCACGGUGAAUGCGGUUGCGAGCAAAAGUACAAGUGGCACAGGCUGUUGGCUUACGAUCCAGACGACGAUUGCAAAGGUAUCUUCAUGGACUGGUUCAUUUUUCCGUCGUGUUGCGUCUGCAGAUGCGAACCGACGAGCGCAGCGAGUCGAAUAUUCUCGCCGAAGCAGACCAAUCGAAAUUGAGACACUUUCGUUUGUUUCUCAUCUCCGAAAAGUGCGUUUGAGAGGAGAAAAAAGCUACGUCGACACUGAAAAAGCUGGGGAAAGGACUGGAGCGGUUUGUUUACUUUGUCGAAGUAUUUUGUGACGUAGGACGAAAUUCGAAGCUCGAGAAAACUCGUAAAACCUCGUCGAGGACUCCAAUGAUCCUCCUUUCUUCUGCGAGUCCAAAGAAUUCAAGCAGCGAAUCACGAAUGGACGCUUAAAUAUUUACGUUUCGUCACAAGUUUUUCGACUUUUUUCCUCCGCAUAUGAAAUUCAGCACAAGCGCGGUGCUUGCGUUUCGUGAUUGUACAGAAAUCUCGUGUAGUGUUAAUGUAUUUCAACGAACUGAGGACACGUUAGAGAAAUUUUUAGUGCCUAGAUUUCAUCACCUUUCAAACGAAUCGAUUCAAAUCUCACUUUUCCAAGUUUUGCCUUAUUUUUUAAGCCCUAAGCAGAUCUCGCAAUGUUUCAUUAUGAAAAUUUCCUAUUCAUACUCCACUUAGAGAAAAAAUAUAUUUAGUCAUCGUUGAUAUACUCGUAAUUAAGGUGUAAAUCACAUUUUUCCAAAAUAAACAUUUUUUUUUAAA